AUUUUACUUGCUUACGUAUAUUUUCGUAUACAGUAUGUCUAGGUAUUCCGAAUCUAAAGCAGUUCCGAAUCACUUCAUUUUUUUCUUCGUAUAUUGCCAAUAAAAUGUAAAUGUUUUUUCAGUUGAAUGUCCCUUAGUAACACGAAUAAUACCACAAACUUUUGAGAAGUUGCUUGUUAUAUUGUUCUUGCAGGGGAGAUAAAUGUUGUAAAAGUGAUUCGGAACUACUUGACUGCUUACGUUUGGAAAUGAGCUCAUAUAAAAUUGAAGGCUUUCUUAUUCUCAAAAUAACUUUUUUGCAGAUGGAAAUAAACAGUCAUGGCUAUGUUUUGAAAUGUUUAUUGCGUAUUUUUCAUAAUACUGUAUAUUUUUCUUUAAAAUGGCAAUUAUUUGCAAAUUUUCGACGAAAAUCAGUAUGUACCCUGUGACCAAACUAGUAAUCCCAGAAAUGAAAUUAUACUUUUUAUUUUUUCAUCUUUCCAUAUGAACACUAAACCCCAAAGGACACAAUUCUAUUUGACAUAUUGAACGUUUUCUGUUAGGUGAUUCGGAACUGCUAUACACACUGUAUAUUUAAGUUACUUUGAACUCAAAGAUAGCUGUAGGAAAGUAUUAUGGUGUGCUUUUAUUCCUGAAUAAUGUAUCCUUUCAUUUUGUUUUUAGUUUCAUCUGAAUUUUCGCUUGUCGAUAAUUUUUAUGAACAAUGAUGUAAGAUUGGUUAACUUUAAAUGAAAAAACAAAAAAACCAAACAAACAAACAAUAAACGUUGGAAUAAUAAGUAUACAUUUAUACAUUAAAUCAGAACAGCAACUGUAUUUUUUUUUGCGGUAUUUUAUGCUUUCAGAGAAAAUGGAUAUCAUGCAUUACGCUCUUGUCGUACUUUGUUGUAUGAACUUUGUGACGUGCAAUACAAAUAGUGAGAUACGGUCAGGAAAAUUACAGAGAGAAGCACCAGAAUGUUCACUACAGAAAGACAAAGGCGGAAAAGAUUGCAGUAAGAGCACUAGGAAGUUUUAUUUCGAUUCUUCUACUGGAGCGUGUCGAGAAUUCAAUUAUACUGGCUGCGGUGGAAACUUAAACAACUUUAUUUCAUUAGACAGAUGUAAUAGCAGAUGUGUAUGUUCGAAUCCGAGGGACAACGGUGAAGGACCUAAGCGAAUGACAAGAUAUUUCUAUAACGCGGAAACAGAGAAAUGUCAGUCGUUUAAAUACCGGGGUUCUGGAGGAAACGCAAAUGGGUUUCUGUCAUUCAGUCAAUGUCAGAACGUAUGUGAACGUGUGGCAUUGAGGCGUAAGUGUAACGUAAGACCAGAGGUGGGUACUGACUGUAACAAUAACUCUACUGUACAAUUUUAUUACGACAAGCCCUGCGAUUGCUGUCGCAAGUUUACAUAUCUCGGAUGUGGCGGUAACCAAAACAGAUUUCCAACACGACAAAGAUGUGUGCAAAAAUGUAAGCUUGAAGAGCCUGCGGCACCGGCACUGUCUACGCGUCCGGCGAGACCGGCUCUCUGCUCAUUUCAGAAUGUAUAUGGAGACUGUAGUGGUAGUUUUACUCGUUAUUUCUACGACAGUCGACUGGACAGAUGUGUACCGUUCACAUACUCUGGAUGUGGCGGUAAUCAAAAUAACUUCCUUAACCUUAGGAUGUGCAAGAACACUUGUGACAAUGACUCUAAAUUCUCCUCUAGUGUCAAGACAGUUACACUCUCUGAUAAAAAAGACACGGAAUCUUCAGAGCCUGUCACAAAAUCUCCAAACAGUUCAUCUAAAAAAUCAAAAACAACAACUCUGUCUACCAGAAUAACGACGUCGGAGGUCCCAAAAAUAUGUAAAAAUAAACCAGCUAGAGGGUUUUGUAUAUUUAAUAUCAUAAAAUACUAUUAUGAUACACUGUCAGGAAAAUGUAAAUCGUUUAUCUGGACUGGGUGUGGUGGUAAUGAAAAUAGGUUUAUCAGUCAAAAUGAAUGUGAAAGAACAUGUAUGACGUUGUAAAACGGGUGUAUCAGUCAGAGUGAGGGUGAAUGAACAUGUAUAUCACAGUAAAACUGACUUAUCAGUCAGUGAAUGUGAAAGGACAUGUAUACGACUGUAAAACAGGUUUAUCAGUCAAAGUAACGGUGAAAGGAUAUGCAUAUUAUUGUUAAACGGGUUUAUCAAUCAAAGUGAGGGUGAAAGGACAUGUAUAUCACAGUAUAUCACAGUAAAACAGACUUUUAAGUUAUCAGUCAGUGAAUGUGAAAGGGCAUGUAUAUCACUGUAAAACAGGUUUAUCAGUCAAAGUGACGAUGAAAGGAUAUGCAUAUUAUUGUUAAAAGGGUUUAUCAGUCAGAGUGAAGGUGAAAGGACAUGUGUAUCACAGUAUAUCACAGUAAAACAUACUUUAAGUUAUCAGUCAGUAAAUGUGAAAGGGCAUGUUUAUUACUGUAAAACAGGUUUAUCAGUCAAAAUGACGAUGAAAGGAUAUGCAUUUUAUUUUAAAUAGGGUUAUUAGUCAAAAUGAGAGAGUUAAAGGACAUGAAUAUCAUUGUAAAACAUGUCUAUCAGUCCGAGUGAAUGUGAAAUGUCAUGUUAAUCAUUGUAAAACAGGUUUAUCAGUUAAAGUGAAUAUGAAAGAUCAUGUACGUGGUUUUUAAACAGGUUUAUAAGUCAAAGUGAAUGUGAAAAAAACAUAUACUAGUAGUUGGUUGUUAAACAGGUUUACCUACUAAAGUAAAUGUGAACGAACAUCACGGUAGUUGGUUGUAAAACAGGUGUAUAAUUCAAAGUGAAUGUGAAAGAAGACAUGUCUUUGUAAACAUAUUUAUCAGUAAAAGUGUAUGUGAACAAUUGUAGGUGGUUGUAAAACCGGUUUAUCUGUAAAGGCGAAUGUGACAAAAAACAUUAAUGUGUUGUUUUUUUUAUAUACAGGUUUACUAGGAAAAGGAAAUGUGAAAGAACAUUGUAGUUGUUGUUUAUCCAGUAAGUCAGUUAAAAUGAAUGUGAAUGUAUGACAAUUACGCCGUUCCUUUGGUACCUGUGUAGUACAAUAACAUUUCUAUGAGAUUUGUGCUUUAUUUAUAUAUAUGUAUUACAUGUUUAUAUGUGCUAUGAAUUUCAGAAAUUUAUUAUUACAUGCUUUUCAACUGUUAUAUCGUACAAAACAAAUUAAACAAAAAUGAUGUUUUCAUGAAAUAGUUUUUUUUUGUCUCUCCCUCUCUUGCAAAUUCAUUAAAUGAAGGUUUUAUAUUUGAACUUUGAAAUUCUUUUUUUUGCACCUGAUAGAGAAAAGAAUGUUGAAUUCAUAUAAAAUAAAACAUAAAAUGUCCAGAAAUGCCAAAGUUCACGGUAUAGUGUGCCCUGAAGCUGCCGUUGGCCUACCUGGACGCUUUGUAUCAUGGGAAAAUCUAUUAUACACAUUUGUGAAUCUGCUUUUAUACACUUGAUAAGAAACCGAACAUUAAUUGUAAAAAAUGCGCUAUAUAUGACAUGUUUACAUCUGUUUAUUAUGCAUUUAUGUCUUGUUGUUACUAUAUGUCCACGUAUAGUUUUUAUUAAUCUAUCGCGAGUAAUUUACGGUCGUUUGGCGACCUUAACCCUAACCCACCUAAAUUUCUAUAAUGAACUUGUCCAUCUUUCAAUUUGGACAG